AUGAUACGCUAGUGUCAUUAUUCAAUACAAAUGGAUUUUAACUUGUGUUUAAACACACUUCAUUUAUUGUUAGUUCCAAUUACAGAUUGCUCUUUACAAGUACUUUAUUUGGAACUUGACUGUCACAGUGCUGUUUUUCUGUAAUCAGUGAUUGAAAUAGUAAACAUUGAAAAUAUAGAUAGUGAAAUGUAUACAUUUGCGGAAAUUUGAGUCAUAAAGAUUUAAAAAUGAAUUAAGUGCAAAGAUUUAUCAUGAAGUUAAGAGUUGACUUCAUUACCUGGAUUAAACAGUAUGAUAUUAUUGUAAUGUUUGAUAUCGGCUCUGAUAUCAGUGUCCGACUGGAUAAACUGGCUGUAUACAGCUGAUUGUGGUAGUCUAAAAUGAUGGAUGUAUUGUGUUAAACUGACAAUUGUGUCGAAACGUUGUUCACUUUAUAGUUUAUAUGGGGAUGUAAAGUUCACUAGGAAUCUGUAAUUACUUGUAAUUAUUUUAAUAUCUGGUUAAUUACCGUUGUGUUUUUUCUCUUUGUGAAAUUUCAUUGUAUAUGAACAAUUUAUAAAAGUUGAAAGUGUUUUAAGGAUGUAUGCAGUAUGAAUGAUAAGAUAGGGAUUGAAGGGUAUGUCAGUAUGUAUGUUUUACUGACAAAGAGUGGAUUACAUACAUUUCCAUGAAGGGUAUGAACAUGAAGCCAGUGAGGAGACGCAGUUUUCAGCGCCUGUAUAGGACAAGAUCCUGUCCAGCUGGCCGAUUUAGAAAGGAUCCUCCGCCUGACACAGAGGAGGGAGACUGGUGUCUUGUCAGUUCCCAUGGUAACAGACAUAAAUUGCCCAAAACCAUGAUCUUCUUGGGGAGAGAGGAAUGUGAUAUUGAAGUACAGAGUGGUACUGUUGACAAGAGGCAUGCUGUGGUAACAUUUGACCAUUAUCUUCGAAGGUUCAAGAUCAAAGACCUCAGCACAGCUAAUGGGACAUACGUGAAUAAGAACCGUAUUCCAGAACAAGAGUAUGUGAUAUUAGAGCAACGUGAUAUUGUAAACCUUGGACAGGAUGAUACUUUAGCAUUCCAGAUGGAGAAAAUAGAGGAUAUAACCAGUACUGACCAAGAAGGGGAGGAAAUCUAUCCACAGAUUGAGGAUGAGUUACCUCCCUGGGCAAAUAGAGACACUGGUUCCCAGGAUCUACAAAGUCCAAUGGCAGAAUGUCAGCAUCGUGAACCUGUUGGAUAUUUCUACGCAUGUUUCCCAACAAAUGUUUUGGGAUGUAUCGUGGAGCAACGUAUAGAACACACAUGUGGUGAAAGUGUUCCAGAGACAGAGGCAGCACAUCAGGAUCUAGACAGAAGUUACAGUCAUGACAGUAUAGCUUCAUUUGGGUUAGGGUGUAACACAUGGCCAAAGAAGCGUUACAAACCAAAGAAGUCAGUUAAGGACAUAUUUGCUGCAAUGGAUGAAGAAAGAGCUCUUCAUAUUGAAGGGCUCAUUGACCAACCACCAAGCAGGGUACUGAGGGGCACAGGGGCUCCUAUGAACAAGUUACCAGAUGAACUGGAAACAGUAAAGAAGGGUACACCACUAUAUGGUCAGCCAGAAUGGUGGGGAGAGGAGGAACUUGAUCUCAAUAUUGAAAAACUAAGAUCCAAUGGUAGUAGCAUGGAUCAAGAGUCAAACAGAGACUCUGUUACAUCAGAGGAUUCGAGGACCAAUGUCUCAAACAGUGCAGAUAAACACUCAGAACGUGAUGUAACUCACUCCAAUAAUAAUGUGCCAAAAUCAGAAAAUUCUACAGUGCCAAUUAAUCAGUCUAGAACCCCAGAAGGAAUUACUAAUAUGGCUUUUACCGUAGACUUUGGGGAUGAAUCUAAGCCUCAUCUUGAAGGAAAAAGUAUUGGAGAUUUUAUGCCUUCAAGAUUACGGAAAAGCUUUAGAGAGAGGCAGGAAAAGUCUUCAGAAAAAUCAUCAGCAUCUAAGUCAUCAAGCAAGGAAAAACCUGUUGAAAAAGUUUCUCAUGAAAAAUCCACCUCGAGUUCAACAAGUAAAGUUGUUGGACGAGCUGUGUCAGAGGGACGUGAUAUUUCACCUACCCGACAACACAAGAUCGAUGAACUGUGGAACAGCUCUGCGACACCAGAGUCAGCUUCAGCCAAGCGCCAGAGGAUGCUGAGUAAAUCAUCAUCUUUGUCAUCCAGAAGCAUGGAUGAUGAGAAUCAUGAUAGCUCAUAUUCAAAAGCCACAAAGUCAUCAACAGUGAAACGCCGAAUACUUGCGUCCAGUAGUCAGUCAAAGCCAAAAUCUGUGAUACGUGCACGAAAAGCCGUUAGCCAAGAGAUUCUUGCAUCUUCUGUACAAUAUAACAAUGAAAAAGCCACCUAUCUCAUUGACAAAAUGUUCCAAAAUAAUUCAACAGGAAGUGUUGAUAGUCUCAGAACCAAAGGGACAGGAGGAACUUUAACUGAGUAUGACAUGUACCAUGAGGCAAUGAAAUAUGACUCAGAAAGAUCAAGAAAAACUCAGUCACAAGAUCUUACCCCAAGUACAAAAUUAGAAAAGAUCAGAUCAAAGGAAGUGCCUGUGUCUGUUUUGAAGAAAUCCAACGAGGAGGUUUCUGAGAAAAAGGAGGAAGACAAGGUUAGUGAAGCUGGUACAUAUACCAUCGAGGAAGAAAAAGACUCCAAAGAUGAAGAUGAGGCCCGUAAAAAUAUUGACAAAGUUUUCGGUUUGGAUAAGGUUUCUUUGAAUGGUUCUGGAAGUUUAAGUGGUGAUCUCAGUACAAAAUGUAGUAAACCAGACAAGCAAGGGGAGCUUGCUCUCAACUUAGAAAAUUUAAAUCUUGAAUUGCAAGAAAUUGAGAUGUUGGAGAGAUUACGUUCACAACCAAAGAUGGCUGACAGUAUGGAGGCAGAGCUGGGUAGUGCGGAAUCUCGAGGAUAUCAUGAUGAGAACCCAACAGUGCCCGGUGAUGCUCCAAAGUGGGUGAGUCAGUGGGCUGCAUUGACCAAUCAGAAAUCCCAAAACAAAUCCGACAUGGAUCUUUCAAGUCCUGGCUCGUCUAUAUCUGAUGAUAGCAAAUCUUCAGGAAGGGCUACAAAUGGGAUAAGUCGUAAACGACCAGGUACAGGCCGUAAACUUCCCACCAUUCCACCGGAAGCCUCGAGCCCAACACCAAGUGAUAAAAGUGCGUCAAAGGAGAGCCCAAUGUCUUCUAGGUCUGAUCUCACAAUUAACGGAACCGCCUCAAUCUUACAGACACCUCCGCAACGUGCUGUGAAAAUUUCUAGUCAUGUAUCGGCACGGUAUGAAGAUACAGAUUCUGAAUCUAUAUCAUUGACUAAAUAUGGUAGUGAAGUUGAACAUACAGCAGACAUUAGUAGUCGCAGUAAUCAUAGCAGAAAUGGUAGCGUGGCUAGUCUAGAUACUGAAGUGUUGUUAAGAGACACACAAACUGUCAUGGCCGCCAUGGAAGAGAGAAUGGGCACCAAACCUACAGCCAGUCAACAGUCAGUAUCAAAAGAACUGAAAAAGAAUGACUUCGUAAAAGAAAAGGAAAAUGGAAUAAGUGACGAAAAUUCUUACACUCAGUCGACUGUUAAAUACGGAGGUGAAACAAAUGAAAGUUUGAUAUUGGACGACAGUGUGGAUUUUGAAUCAGAUACAUCUAGUGUUGUAGCUUUAGUGAAUGGGGAUGAAGAUUUUGUUAAGCCCUCAUUAUAUAAAAGCCCAAGAGAUGUAUUAGGGAAAGGUAAAUUCAAAUUAGCAGAGUCAUUGCCAUCUAAACCGUCAGUGAAAAUGAGUGGUGCUAAAUCAAGAACUCUUGGGCAUGAAAAAGAAAGAAAACGUUCAGCUGAAGAGAGAUCUGUUGUGUCAGACACAUUUAGUGAAGCAAAUGGUGAUUUAACAGUAAGAACUGAAGAUCUAGAUUCAGAAGCUGGUCAGUUUGCUAGACAAGGGUCAAAGGGUAAGGGUACAAUGUCAAUGACUCGACCAAACAGAGCAUUUGCUUUACGUCGAGCAAGAGCAGAUGGAGAUGAGCAAUUGGACACUUCAAGGUCUUCAGCUUCUACAGUAUCGAUUGCCUCAUCAGGGUUUAAAACUGCUAGGGGUAGCGGAAGUAUGACAAAUUUAACAAAAUCAAGUAGUAGUACUCCACAGAAACCUAGGCGUCCAAUGUCUGGUGUAUUAUCAGAUCGGCACCCUCCAGAUUCCUCGCGAAGUCAGGCAAGUCUCGGGACUAAAAUUGUUCAGAAAAGCCGUGAAAACUUGAAUAAUAGUUUCACACGUGAAGAUGGGGGGAGACAUAGUUUGCGUGUUGCUAGAUCAAUAUCCAUUCCAGUUCAACAAAGCAGUCCAAGCAGUUCAAAGUCUCGUAAAAGCGAGGGUUCUACCUCGUUGCACCACUCUAAAAGUUUACGUGUAACUGGUGUUAGUGCAAGAGAAAGGUCUGGUUCAGUUACAAGACCAGGCCAUAGAACUAAUUCGCCAAAAUCGGCAGAAAGAAACGCUUGGAAGAGAAGGAAGGAAUAUGAUCCACGUAAAGCUGUAGCAGAUGCUAAAACAAAACACAAAGAAUCCAAACGUAAACCUGAUGGGGUUGAUGUAUUUAAUAAAGCUCGUGGAGUGACUAGAUCAGCUUCUUUUACAAAUUCUAGAGAUUUGAAAUUAAGUUCAUACCCAUGUGAUUCUACUUCAAGUACGGAAGAUUACAGCAGACGGAGUAGUGGCGCGAGUGAUGUGUUUGACGAUGGACCUCGGCGAGGAUUUGUGCCAUACAGUGCGAGAUCUUUAUUGUCCAGUAAGGUCAGCAACAGCAGUGCUGAUGAUGAUGAUUUUGAUAGAUCAGUGCGGUCAUCAUCUACACAGUCUACUCAGGCUAUUUCGAAAUCACGACACAACCGCUCUACAACACAUCCAUCCCAUUAUUCUGCUUUUACCCCUCCCCCAAGAAACCCACUCCCUCUGUCUGUAUACAAACCUGCUCCAAGGUCACGCAGCUCCACAAGGAGCAGUCGUGCUAAAAUUGCUCUCAAAACCCCGUCCCCUACCCCACCCACCAGCAUAACAAUGGCAACUGAACGACGGUCUGUAGACAGUCUAAAGCUACAUGAGAACACACUUGGACAUAAAAGCAGUGUCAAAGUUGAUACAACUCCUAGAGUUCCAGAGUCAUAUGAUACCCUCAUUGUGUCUUCAAUCUACCAGCUGUCGCUGAAACUGAAAACACAGACGUGCAAAACCAUGGACAAACUCAGGGAUUCCGAUGUGAUAGAGAAUGGUUUAGACUCUCCACUAGAUGACUUGGAGAAUCAGUCCGCUAUCUGUGAGAUUCCCGCUUACAAGUCAGCCAAUCAGGAGCUUGCUGGAGUUCUGAAAAAUCUACGUAAACUUGAACAACAUAUUAAAGUUAUGAACAAGGUGUUAUUUCCUGACGAUGAUGGGAGUCCAGACACAAGCAGAGAAAAGCACGAAUACAUGCAGGAGAUUGAACGUAUCAAGAAUGAGCUAGCUGGAUUUCAGCCGAUAGAAACUCCUCGAGAAGACGUAUGGAAACAAACAGAAACUGCCUCGAUAGAAUCAGACUGUGAAGAACUUAGUCAUUCAGAGUAUUAUUAACAAACUGUUUUUAAAAUUUGUAGAAUCAAAUAAAUAUCUGACAUACUGAAGUGAAGGAAUUUUGAUGAAAUUUACUGGAAAUUUGGACAAAAUGACUCUACUUCAGAUAUUUGGCGUGAAAGAAACAAAACAAAAACAUUCUAUACGGGUUAAGAGAUUUCAACAACUAGGAUUUUAAAUAUUUGCCCUACACAACUUGCCAAUUCAUUUUUAUAAUGUACACUAAAAACUUAUAGAUCUAUUUUGUAGAUGUGAAUUUUUUUUCAUGACAUGAGUCACAUAAACAUUUUUUGCUAUUUCAAGUUGGAUAUUGUAUUGUCUGUGAAAAGAGGAAAGAAAUUGAAGCAAAACAAUUAACAUGGCUUAUUAAAAAUUAAAGUAAAAAAUUAUUGUUGAAGAAUUCAAAUCUUGUUAUUCCUACACGAAGACACUGUUUGCCCAAUAUUUUCUUGCUGUGUCGUCAAUUAAAACCAUCAGUAAGCCAACAGAUGUGUAAUAAGCUGGUAGAUGUUUUAUUCCUAUAACCCUCAGCCUGCUGGCGGCAAGUGAUUAUGCCUUUGCGACCAGUGCAGACCAAGAUCAGCCUGCACGGUCUGCACUGCUCGCUAUUCAGUCAGGAAAAUUUCAUUGAACACCCCUUUGAAUAAUAAAUGGUAUUGUCCAAAUUGAAUGAUGGACCAGGCCAUUUUAGAAAUAUAGCAGUCUAAGGGUUAAAUAUGAACUACUGCAAUGUAAACAUGUAGCAGCAAUUUUCUUCAUUCAAAGAAAGGGUGUGAAAUUGUGUUCUCAUUACAUAGAAAUCUAGUAAUUAUGAAUUUUUCAUCCUUCGAUGGUGAAUUAACAUUCUGUCAUUAUUCUGUAAUCCACAUAAGUUUUGUUUGGUAUGCACAAAUUUCAAAUUGCUGUCUUUUCAUUUUCAUGGUAGUGUAAACAGGCAAGUGUUUUUCUUUUUGAAUUGCAAGGUACAUUUGUUAAGAGUUAGAUACAAUUAUAUCUUUUUUUCACAUAAAACAAGUUUAUGUCAGAAAAGUCUUAAAAAUAGUUAUUAAUUUAACAUUGCAGAUGUAGGAAGGAAAUCAACUGUAAAUCUUAAUGCAAUUUGAGCAUAUAAUAAUGUAAUGUAGGACUUGAGUAUUAAAACAGUAUUUUACAUAAAGUAAACACUACUUACUAAAUGACUUGCCCUGCUUUUGAGUCUGAAAGAUACUGAAACAUUUUGUACAGAAUAUAACAUUCCAUGUUAAUGUGGUGUCUCAUUCACUUUGAUUUGGGAAUAGUUGAUAUUGGUUCUUGAUUUUGACAUUGGUUAGGGCUGCUAUUACACAGAGGAUUUAUAGUCUAUUUUGGGACAAGUCUUACUUUUCCUCAAGUUCUAGUUAUGUUAACAUGCUCAAAUUGAUUUUCUCUAAAUCUUUGAUUAGCAUGAAGAAAUUGUCCUUUGAAAACAAACUUUCAUAUGACUGUUUAGUAGUGCACAGACAGUUCCUGUAGACUGUGAAAUAGUGCACAGACAGUUCCUAUGGACUGUUUAGUAGUGCACAGACAGUUCCUAUGGACUGUGAAGUAGUGCACAGACAGUUCCUGUAGACUGUGAAAUAGUGCACAGUUCCUGUGGACUGUUUAGUAGUGCACAGACAGUUCCUAUGGACUGUGAAGUAGUGCACAGACAGUUCCUGUGGACUGUUUAGUAGUGCACAGACAGUUCCAGUAGACUGUGAAGUAGUGCACAGACAGUCCCUGUAGACUGUGAAGUAGUGCACAGACAGUUCCUAUGGGCUGUGAAGUAGUGCACAGGCAGUCCCUGUAGACUGUGAAGUAGUGCACAGACAGUUCCUAUGGACUGUGAAGUAGUGCAGAGAGUUUGCUGUGAAGUAGGACAGACAAUUGACUUUACAAGAAUCUUCUUGAAUAUGUAGAAGUAUUAAUCAAGUGAAAGGAUUAGUUUAUGCAACAUCAUGUUGCAUUUAUUUUACAAGAUUUAUGUCUGACAGAUCACGAAUGAGGCAUUGUUAUCAUCCAUAUGUUGUAAAGUCCAUUCCCACAGACUGUGACAUAAAAUUUCAUCUAUAUUCAGUACACGUAUUGGAAGAGAGGCAUUAUUAAUUUAUUUGAGUGCACUUUUUAAUUUAGGUACAUGGUAUGUGAAAGUAGGCAUUCAUUUUCGUAUGUAUGCUUGAAGCAUAUAAAAAUGUGUUUUUGAGCUAUAUAGGUUCUGCUCUCACUUCUGUGAUACAUUUUUGACUGUUUGGAAACCAAACUUUUCUUCACUGUUUUCUUGUAGGACUUAUUUUAUAACUAUUACUUACUUCGUGCUGGUUCAUUUUAAUCUCAGAUAGUUAUAUAGUUAGAGAGACACUGUUAGUGGGGCUUAAUAUUUGAUUUAUUAUCCAAGAUAGAUAUUUAUUUUCAGUUGAUACUUGUUUUGAAAAGCAACUUAGGUUUCAUUUUGUUUGAACAAGGAGUAGCCUUUAUGUUAAGUUAUGAAUAAUGUUUGUUAAGGGAUUUUAUCUGCUGAUUUAUUGUUUUAAUGCAUACAAUAUUUAUUUGAAAUUUAAAAAGUUUGAAAAAGAUGCUAUUUUGUACAAAGAUCACUGUUUUAGUCUUGGUACUUCAUCCAGGGACCAUCAGAGCUAAAAAUAGAAAAACUUUUCAACAACCUGUUCUCGUAAACCACUGUAUAAAUCUUCAACAAACUUUGUAAUAUCCUUGAAUGGACAAUUUCAAAUUCUUUCAAAUAGAAGACAGUUUGAAACUGGUCAGUUUCACAAUAAUUUCACAAAUCUUUCCUUUGGUGAUUCUAUCAAAAUAAUAAGUUAAAUCAUAACCAUAGCCCCAAAGGAACAUGUUUCAGCUGUGAAGCUCUGAUGAGCAAUCUAAGGCCAUCUUGGCUCCCUUGUUACAAAACAAUACAAGUUUGACUAGUAUGUUUCAAUAAUAAAAAUUUGGACCAAAUCUGACUGUUAACAGUUAUUGUUAUUUUUGUUAAUGCAAAGAUUUCUCGUUUUAAUGAUACCAGUACAUGUGCUAAAAGAUUUUUUGGACUUUCUGUGUAGUUAAGAGUUUUACUAUUUUAGGGAAAUGUUAUGUCUUUUGUUUAAGGAGUGACUGAUAUUCAUUUUGAACUAGUUUAUGACCUGUGAGCUAGUUUAUAACCUGUGAUAUUGAUUUUUGCUUUCGUAUGUUCAUGUUUUCGAAUUUUUUUUGCCAACAACUUGUUGCUUUGUUUUGUACAUGUACAAAGAUGAUUAUAUUAUCCUUGUGCUUAUAUGUGGCAAAUUAAAAUGUUACAAAGUCUAA